GAGUCUGAACGAGAACUUGGUGCAUAAUAAACUAAGCUCAGAGACGCGUCACAGUAUGUAUGAUUUUCUUUCCUGAGCAGACGUGCGCGUUAAACGAGAUCAAAAGAUUCACGGUCACGUUCGCGUUUGAGGUCGCGUCGCGUGUGAAGUUGGACUUUGGAAUUAGGUUUGAUAUAUGCGAUGAAGGUUUCAAACUAAAUAUGACCGGCUCUGACUUGUCGUCGCCGUUUCAGUCCCCUGGGACCACCACUUUCUCGACUCUGUCACGAACGGAGACGCCCAUGCGGACCUCUGGUUCGCCGGCACGAUCGCCCACAGUUACCCCUUCCACGACGCGGUAUGAACAUGACGGCGACUUCACGUCUGAUCUACAGCACCUUCGUGAAGAGACGGGGAAUCAUGAUGGUUCCAAUCUUAGUACUACUUUCGCCCAACUCAAUGCAGAAAUCGGGUCGGCCAUGCAAUCUUGGUCAACUCCUCAACAAGUUUCUCGAGCUAUCACUAGUCGUUUAUCAAUUGCCUCACCCGAAGGUUACUGGAAUACAGAUAUCGCCGGCCUUGACCCUGAAAAAAGGCUCAGUACGAUCCCCGAGCGUACCGAGGACCUUAAUUCCCGACCAACCUCGCUCGCACAACCUGACCAAAUCAAUUCUUCUUCUAUACUUCGAGCGCCAGUCCAUACGAGGUCCGCUACCGAAACGCCUCAUUCGCCAAGACCACUGUUACAUGGACCAAGAUCACCAGUUGGACCUCGUAUAGGGGAGAAAGUUGCUUAUUGGGAACAACGACUUGGAGCCAUCUCGCUUGCGGACGGAGCUCAUAGUCGCUCGGCAUCAGAACCUUCGGAGCUGUGGGAGCAAAGUUCACUUACCGCGCAAAGCCAUUCCAUGCCCACUCUCACGUCUUUCAGCAGAACGACGGUGUCUCAUACCGGUACUGCUGGGUAUACGACUUCACGCUCAACCUUGCCUACCAAGAGUUCUACAUUCGUUUCGGGAGCUACUCGUACGACAGACACGUUUACGCCCACGGAGCCUUUUACUGGCACUGAUACGUUAUCGCAUUCUUUCAUGACGAUGCGCUCCGGCACUACUGCACAAACAGAAACGACCACCACUUUUCGCCGGCCACAAACGUCUCCACGAUCACCGCUAUCUGCAGUUCGUAAUAUCAUGCAGCGUUGGAGGGAGCAAACGCCCACUGCUGCCAAGACAGACAGAUCGCCUUCUACAGGCUCCCCCCCAUCGGGAGGAAGUGGACGUAGUAAAGGUUCCCAGCAUCUGCGUAGUGAACUCGACUUGACACCAAGGAUACGCGGGCCUACCGACGAAGAUGAGGACCGCUCCAGGAAAAGCAACAAUGACAAACCCAGUCCCAGUGGAUCUUUAGCUUCCGACUUCGACAUUCAAGCGUUGGGUGGAUACGUUGGUGCAACAUCCAAACCGCUGCGAAUUGGUUCCUUGUGGUAUCUCAACGUCCACGCCUCCCCACCAUACAAAUGGCAACGAUGUCAGGCUAUUUUGUAUUUGAGGAUGCUUGUUCUCACAUGGAUCGCUCCUGGAGGAGGUAGAGGAGUUGCAACACUAGAUUUGCUGAAUUGUAUCGAAGUCGAAUCCACGCGCUCGCCAUCAGAUCCUCGCGUUGCAGAUGACUAUGGUACUCAGGCAGCGAGAGAACAAAGUUACGGGGAUGUGGACCUCAUAUCGCUCCUGUGUCCAUUCCAUCUGUUAUAUAGCGAUGGUAUUGAGAGACUCGCUGCUGAGUCGCCCGCUGAGCGUGCGGCAUGGGUUGAUGCUAUCUGGGAAAUUCUGAAUCGUUCUGUCAGUAUACCUGACCGCUCGAAUACUGAUUCACCUGUUGGAUCCAUCAGGACAGUGCAUACGGUUGACAGCCAGGUCUCGCGUUCAAACACAGGGUCGGGCUCAACCUCGCUGCACUACAUUCGUAUCGAAGAUAUUCCAGACAUGUCAGACAUUCAUCAACUCUCCGGCUCGAUCAGAUCUAGAGCAAGUCAUCCUUCCGAGACACCCACUUCGACUUCGGACGAUGUCUUCUUCUCUGCAACAUCCCGCAGUGAUUCGGUAACGACUCCUCCGACGAGUUUCUACACCUCUUCGUCAUUCACCCGUGAUCCUUUGACUACGCUUGAUUCAACUAUCACAACAGGGCUGGUAACAGACGAAACUAUUGUGGAAAUCACAUCUGGCACGGGGACCAACAUCGUACCUUCCACGUUGUCGCUAAGACGGACAGCAUCUGCCUCUCUAUUGGGUGACUCCCAUACCGGCCCGGCAUCUAAUCGUUCAUUUUCCCCUUCAUCUUCGGGUACUUCACUCACUCGCUGUGGUGGGAUACGCAGGAGAUCUGGUUUUGCGAGCUCCCAAUCAUACUCUUCUGGAUACCUCACUGAAACAGAGGAGUCUUCGGACAAGGAGAACUCGGAAUUGUACACGUAUUCGAGCACGUACUCGAGUUCUCAGUCCUCUACAGAUGGCCCGUACUCCUUCAGCACCCUCGAGAGUUAUAGCUACACAGCAAGUCAGAGCGAGACACCUACUCUGCCGGACAUUUCUACUCCCAUGGAGACAAGAGAAACGGAGAGUACUGGUGCACCUAUCGAGGAGGCAACGCCUUCUGCUUCCGUCUCGGAGUAUGUGACAGCAACAAGCCCUGCCCUUUCGUUCGCUUCGUUGCCGACUAUUCCAUCCCUCUCCGAUUAUGUGACUGCAGAGGUCUGCUCGACUGAGUAUGAGACAGUUGAAAUUUGUCCAACAGAGCCGUCGACGACAGAAUACGAGACCGCAGAGCUAUGUCCGACUGAACCCUCAAGCGACUACACCACCGCUGAGCUUUGUCCAACACCAACAGAAGUAUCGACGGAAUACGAUACAGCGGAGCGCAGAUACCAAAAGGACGUUGUUCCCACAACGCCACCUGCCAUGGUUAUCUCGCCAUCUCCAUCGCCACCUUUGUCGCGCAUAUCCAGUGCGCUUUCAUAUGUAGAUCUACCACAGCCUGUCCCAGUCCCCGUCCCAGUCCCAAUCAGAUCGCCGUCUCCAGAAAGAACCUCGACUGUAUCUUCAGCAUCGCUUCUGGAAAGCGAGACUUUACCUCAACCUUCUCCGGUUGGUCCGCCAGAACCUGAGAUAACUAUAUCCACGCCUACAACAAGCUCGAUAUCUGUGGUAUCCUCCGAGUCUUCUGUUCCUGAGGUAUCAAGCGACCUUGAACUUUCAAUACCUUCGACUGUAGAACUUCCUCCCGUCACCUCUCCAUCUGCACCAGAAACGCUGUGGCAAAGUAGCACCGAUAUUUCUUACGAUUCGUCCAUCCUCCGUCCAUCUCCAUCUAUCCAGUCAAUAGGUCUGCCAGAUGUCCCGGAUUUCUCUUUCGAGACGUCGUAUCUCAGGCCGAGUCCUUCCAUCGAAAGUGAACCUGAUUUAACUAUUAUGACGCCUAUUCCAGAGGGUUCCCCUGUUCCUCAGUCUAUCUCGGUAUCUCCUGUGUCAGUCACGCCUACGCCAUCUCCAUCUUCUCCACCUUUGGGACCUACACUUGUCGAUUUGUCACGCACGCCGUCGAUUAUUUCAACUGUUUCAAGUAUAUCUACUAUACCCACUAUACCCUCGAUUGUAUCUCCUGCACUUCGUGAAUUGCCCUUGGACGACAUUUCUACCGAACCUUCGCUUCUUUCUACUCGCGAUGGGACUCCAACGCCAAUCGUCCUUCGAGAUGUUCCCCGUCCGCCUUCGCCUGGUCCCCCCACACCUUCUGUGUCCGUCAGUGUCGGCACACCUUCAGAAAAUAUACCCUCGAUCCAUAGUACUCUGGAGACAAUCCCUUCGGAACAUCCUGAGACGAUUCCUCCUCCAGGUCCAAGCGACGUGUUGGCCCAUGAUAUCAACAUUCUCUUGCACUACUUGCGAGAUAUUGAAGCAACAAGAGGUCCCCAGAUUAACGAUAUUCUGGGUAAUACGCGAGCCAUUAAAGAUGAUGUCGACCAGUUGAUGGGUGAUAGACCUCGAACCGUAUCACGUCCAGAAAUGCCUCCAGAAGUUCCUCGUAAAGACAGUGCUGCUGGCGGUAGUGACAAGCUGUCCUAUGCGGAACCGUUCAGAGAUCGUCCUUCGAGGGAUCGCCGACUCGUUCCGCUCCCAAUCACACCACCGGAAAUGAGGAGUCCCCUUCUGAGCCCUGAAACGUUAUCGGAUACAAUGUCAUUCUUGUCUUCACAUUAUUCGGACGACUUUAGUUUGAUGGAACCUGAACCGUAUCCUUAUCAUCCGCCUUCGCCCUCGAUGUCUCCACCAAGCUCUUCAUCUGAAUCCUCUUCGUUGUCUUCCUCGAUACCUGAUUUCCCUCAGGAUGUCGGCUACGUCCCUAGCGAUCGUUCGGAAUCACCCACUCGUUUCGACAUGAGAGCUGCUCCACCGAUUGAUCUUUCGCCCCUGCAGGAGCUGCUACGCAACAUACAACAGCAGGUGGCAGCCCUACAGGAAGGUCAAGGCUCUACAAACAGAAUGCUAGAUGAUCUUUCACAGCGAGCACGGGAACCUGAUUUUGGUCUUCGAGACAAGCUGCGUGGCCUGGAAGAUGCUGUACAGCGCAUUCUCCAAAAUCUUCCGCAGCAAGCAGCAAGGCCUGCACCGACUAUGCCCACAGAGGAAGAGUCAGAAUCGUCCUACGAGUCAUCCCCUGAUGUCUCAUCCUUGUUACAUCGUCUUCGCAAUAUGGCUCAAAGAGCAGUUGGGGAUGGACGCCCUCAUCUUGCUAUGCCAAUACCAGAACGUGUUGGUCCAACUCUAGAUGACCUUUUGAUGCAGACUUUGACUCCUCAGCCGGGUCUACCUGCACCAACGGUGCAACCUCCACCUCCGCUGGUCACACUCCAGUAUCGCCCUGCGCCUGGAAUCAGGCCACGAAGUGUGAGUCCUACGUUUGAAGUGCAUCUGCCCGAUCGUGCUCGUACUGUGCCUCUCACGCGUCCUCCAAUAUUCCGUGAUCGACGUCCUCGAGUUCCUCGAGCGCCUCGCGGUGGACCCCCCUCAGUCAGCGACUCGGCUUUCACUCAGCCAGAUUUUCCUAGGCCUCCAUCGGGUAGACCUCCAACAGGUAGGCCUCUAACUCAAGCAGACUUCCCCCGGCGGCCUCCCCGAGAGCCAGGUACAACACGCUUUGGUGACGUUGGUCGUCCUUUGCCUCCGAGGCCUCCCACUGCACCUGCAGCCAUAACUGAGCAGCCCAUCUUACCUCCUCCAGGAGUUUUUGCUCCUGAGCCGGCUCCUGGUGUCCGUCCUCCUGUAGCUCCCCCUGCUGCUCCCCCUCCGAUGCCUCCACCAACGAUUCUCCAGCUUCCGCCAACAUUUGACGAUAUUUUGGCCCUUGUUCGGGAGAAUCGACUAGCUCAAGGAGCAACAUUAGAGCAACAGGGUGAAAUCAUGCGAUAUCUCAGACGUUUGAAUGAUUGGCUUGGUCGCGAUGUAGGAGGCCGACAAGCAGACAUCAGAGACGUGAAUGCAAGGAUAGACGAUUUGACUCGCCGUGUCGACCAAUUCAGACAGCCCGGAGGGCAACCUCCCAUGCAACAGCAACACAUAACCUUUCAACCGGGACAAGGUCCCCCAUUUGUUAUUCCGCCUGUUGUAGGACCAGCUCCACCUUUCUCUGGACAACCAGUAAUUCCGGGUGUAUCACAUCAACAGUUCCCAGUUAUUCCUCCACGAACCCCUGGUCGCUCACCCACGCCUGUCAUACCACCAUACCAAGAUUACCCCGUACCUGUUGUACCACCGUUUCAACCACCGUUUGGACGCCCACCUACACCUUUCCAUGUAAGACCUCCACCUCGCACAGAAGAGGACAUUUUUAUACCUCCUCGUCCAGAAGAUGAAAGUUAUAGUUCCAGCAGUAGAUCUUCGAGUCCACGAUCCCAGCACGGGGCACCAGGGACAAUCUUUUUUCCACCACCUUCCCAUCCGGGUGUGGGUCCUCCAAUACUAGUUCCGCCACCCCCGGGAACUAUGCCAACGAUAAUUCCUGUACCAGAGUCCUAUCCUCCCGGUUCUAGUGGUCGCCCCAGCCGUGUGGAGUCCGAUGCUGAUCGUCCAUCCAGACGUCCAUCUCCGCAAUUUGUAGUCCCUCAGUCCGAUGUCGGUGGUGUGCCUCACGUGGCCGAUGUCGGACAUGCGCCUGCACCCGCAGCUGCUAUGGUGGUAGUUUCUGGACCAGGGGCUCAGCAACCCCAAGUUGCGCCUCCUGUUGCUGCAGGGCAGAUGCCGACUGUCGUGAUUCAGCAGCCCCCGGUAAUGAUGACGCCCUCUGGUCAUCCAGUUUCUGAUAUUCGCCACAGUCCUCAACCGACACAUUUAGUUAUAGCCUCGGAUCGUCCACCUUCUGUUAUCCACACAACGGCCCACCAUCCCUCAGCCCCUAGUCGCUCUGACUACGACCGGCCUCACGAGGCUCCUCGGAGCCGCCGUCAUUCCCGAUCGUCUUCUCCUCGCCGACCGGGACCUACGGAAAUCAGGAUACGUACAUCUCGAUCUAGUUCUCGAAGCUCAAGCCCAAGGAGACACCACCGGCCUGAACCUCAGUUUGUAGUUCAGCAGGGUCCAGCGCCUUAUCCAGGUAUGGCCCCUCCACCCAUUAUCCUUCCGCCUUCAGCCCCCGGCCAACCUGGAUAUAUCCAGCCGUCUGUUAUGCAAGGACCAGGUUUUCCAGGUCAACAGCCAACGCAAGUCAUUAGAGUCACCACGCCUUCCCACGCUUCAGGACGAGGUAGUCCUCAAAUCAUUCAUGUUCCUUCGCAGCCACAAGCAUCUACGUACGAUCCUAGGGCAAGCCACCGUCCAUCUCGUUCUCCACCGCGUUCUCAUCAUGACCCAAGCAUACCUGUUAUUAUCCGUAGCCAUGAUUCAUCUAGACGCACUCCUCCACCUCAUGGCACAAUGGCUGCACCCGGUGUAACCUUAUUACCCUCCAGUGGUAGACGGCCAAGCUCCAGAGGUUCGCGCAGGCCCCGCCGCCGGCACUACUCGCCAUAUCGUUCACGUACACCGUCAUAUUCUCGUUCUCCUGGUGGUCAUCCAAGAUAUCCUUCUCGUACAGCUUCAGAUCCUCGUCGUAGGCGUCGACGUCCUUACAGGCCCAGCAGGAGUAGUUCGUUGUCUGAUGCUGAUCGACCACCACGUCGUCCUCAUCGUCCUCCAAGAUCUCAAUCUGUCCCGCCGCGCUCGUUAUCCUCGCCGUCCCCAAUGACCAUAUCUGCCCAUUCAGGUCGCCCAUCUCGGCGCACACCUCCCAUCAUAAUCACAGGUCCGGAGGAUGCUCGACCUGUUCAUAUCGAACCUGGACGUCACACCGUUGGAUCGAUGUCUCCAACUCUCGUGGUUCCCCGUACAGCUCGCACUCGCAGUUCCCGUCGUCCAACACGUCGUACGCCUUCUCCCCAGUAUGGCUUUGAACAAGAGAUUCCAUCGGCUCCACCCAGAAUAACGCGCCUCUCAUCACCUCGCAGAGUUCCCUCAUCCCCCAGCAGUAGGACGGCUAGUCCCGCUCCAGUGCCAGUCCCUACCCGUGCUCGUGACUAUGCAAGAGUAUCACGUCCUCCAACGAUAGUAAGCCUUGGGCGCCCAUCUGAACGUAUGCCCUCCAGAGAAGGCACUCAGAUCAUACGCGUUCCUAGUUCUCCACCACAUAGAUAUGGAGAAGUUCCCGAACAUGCCGAACCUCACUAUUCACCUCUCAUUUCCAGACCGGCGGCCACUGACGUAUCACCACCCGGCCGAGUGCCUACUCAUCGGGUACCAACUUCUGAACGUGACUAUGGGUAUCCAUCUACUCCCGGUAUUCCUGUAGAACAUGAUAGGGGAGGAGCACCAGUACCCAUCGAGGCACCUGCUCAACGUGUUGCGUUUGCAGAGCCGACAAUUCCACCUUCGACCCCAUCGAUUCCAGUUCCACCACCCGCAGUAGUCCCUCCGUUAGCCCCUCCCGGUGGUGCAGGACCGCCAACCCAAAUGCCGGUCCAAGCACCUGCACCAGAAGCACCACAACGUAUGGCAGUCGCUACCCGCGAACCGUCUGGGUUGUAUGAUUUGGCUUAUGCUGAUGCUGAGCGUGACCGUGCGGCACGAUUUGAAGACAUGGAGUCCCAGUUCUUGGAAACCCUGGACCAUGUUGAAGGAGGUGAACGCCGACGUGAAGAUAUAUUCCGACAGAAUGAAGAGCAGCGGGAUCGAAUCUUCCUCGAUCAUGAAACUCAAAGGGACGAGGAAGCCAGGUUGCGCCGAGAGCACUCUGUACGCCUUGUUGAGGACCGUCUGGCUGCAAUUCCUGCGGCUGAAACAGCAGCACCCGAACCGGUUUCUUCAUUUCCUCCAGGCCCAAGUGCGGUACCUGGGCCUCCGGCGCCACUUACAGCGGAGGAUAUUCCCCACGUACCCCCACCUGCCAGUGUUCCUUCGCUCGCACCUUCAGCGGCCGAAGCCGCGGCCGAGGCAGCAGCUAGGUAUAGUCAAGAGAUUCGAGAUAUUGUUUCCGCAGAACGGGAAGAGGCCACUCGACAACUCGAGGCUGAGCGUGCAGAACGGGCUCAGAAGGAAGCAGAUUAUGCCGAAGAAAGGCGACGUAGCGAUGAGGAAUACCAUGCUAGAGUUCGGGCACUUGAAGAGCAGCUUGCCGCAUUGCAGGCUGAGAAGGAAGAGGCGCGGAGUCGCGAGUUGGAAGCAGCUGAGAGACACGAUGAAGAAAGACGGGAAGAUUAUGAUCGUGGAGAGUCGUUGUCUGCUCAAUUGGCAGAUGUGGCGAAUUUGGCGUUGGAACAACGCGAAGCGUGUGCCCAAAAGCGUGAAGUUCAAGAAGAGAGAUGGAUAGACAAGGAAAAUCGUCGUGCAGUGAAGAACGCUCAGUGGAAGGACAUGCAGGACCAACUGAAAGAACUUCUGGAAGAGAAGGCGAGUUGUAAGGAUCGCAUUGAUGAGAGAGCACGCGAGCUCGAAUCUGCUAUGCAAGAGAUGCAAAACAUGACUCGAGAUUCCUUAGCCGGAUGGAAAACCGAAUUCCAGGAAGCUUUGCGCGAAAUGUCCGGUGACUGUCACAGAAGGCUAGAGGAACGAACUCAAAGGAUCGUAGAUGCUGCGGAAGCGGCUGCCCACGAACGUGUCCCGCACAACGUUCGAGACUAUCUAGCGGAAUUCAGCCAGUCUCUCGCAACUGAAGUACGACUACUAAUUCAAGAGCUGGGGAGAUUACACGAGAAGCGGAGAACUUUGCAAUUCCAAAUUGGUAAACUAAUAUGUUUCCAACGCAAGUUCGCUCCUGGAGGUCUUAUGAAUGACGACUGGACGCCUGAAACUUGGGGACAAGCACCACUUGACGCUUUUGUUCCUCCUGAAACAGCACCUCCUCCUGAGCCCGAGGGUCCUCCUCCCCGUGUACCCAGUGGCUGGCGUGAGACUCGACGAACACGCGUCAGGCGCCGUGGCCGUGGUCCACCUCCUGGGGAUCCCCCCGCCCCUCCUCCCCCUCCUCCCCCUCCUCCACCUGUAGUCCAAAGUCCUCAUCCGCAGCCACCGCAUGCACCGCCUCAAGGGCCUCGAGUAUUGAGAAGACAGCCACGUGUACCUCAUCUUGCUGCUGGGCCUGAUAUUCCUCCUGAUAGGUCAGGUUCGUGGAAUUUAUGGCAACCCGAUCCUAACUAUGAACCGUCUUCUGGGUCAUUCGAGAUAGAACCAAUCGUGGUGUCACCCCCUCGACGACGAAGUCCAGGAUUAUUUGGAACGCCUUCAAUUUCCGACAAUUGAUUUCAUUGUUCCGCUCAUGCGUCGGACGUUUGAGAUUAUACGAUUCCAAAGUUUUUCUCUUGGCUAACUUAAUCUUGAUUUAUGUCCUGAUGAACCUUAUGUUUUUGUACGUGCUAGUUAUACCCUUUGCUUUCUGCUUUCUGCUUUCUUUCCGAAUAUUUAUCCUUGUUGCUGUCGCUCUACUCGCGUAUACCUUGCUUUGUUGUUGCUUCAGUAGUGUACUUCUAUGAUAAUGUACUCUACGAUGGCGACCUUGCCUGUUGUAUCUUGAAAGACCUGCUUGUAAUGAUUAUGACUUCACGCUGCGCAAUGACAAGAACUAUAGAGUCGAAGUAGCGCCAUUAGUUAC